CCCUGAUGGGUUUUUUUCCAGAGGUUCCUCCGUUAAUCCUGUAUGUAAAUCGCAGCCAAUAGAUGCUGUUGUUGAGUUGGGCUGGGAUUAGCAGGAGGCGAAUGAGUUUCAAUUUUACUGGAUUACAGAACAAAGAAAAGGGAAAGGGACACCCUGCUCUGUUAAGGGAAAAAGAGAAAUAAACUGAGAAAAAAUACACAAAUAAUAGACAAUAAAACGUGCGAUCGAAGUCAGCAGUGUCAUGUUCCGGAUUACGAUGUUUUAGCGGACGGUACAGCUACAUUGUGGAUGGGAAUUGUGAGCGUUUCUGAUGGAUUAAAACGGGGGAAUAAACCUAUUCCGGGAUUGACCGCAGCAACAAGGCUAUUUAAUCGCUAAUUAAGAGGCAUGGCUCAGAUGAGGAAGCUGGCAUGCGAUGGCAUCAGGACGAACUCCCGGGGCGAGCCGCAGGUCCCGCUGGUGUCAGCCAGACAGGAGAUCCUCACCAGCCUGGUUUCUGCCCUGGACUCAGUGUGCAUGGCGAUGUCUAAGCUCAAUGCUGAGGUGGCGUGCGUCACCGUACACGAGGACAGCGUGAUUGCUGUCGGCACGGACAAGGGCAGAGUGUUCCUCAACUCCAGGAGGGAAAUCCAAACAGACUUCUACAAGUUUUGCCGGGUGCCAUGUCUGCAAAAUUUGACCACAGCAAAUGCCCAUACCAAAGACCAGGACGGCGAUCUCAGCAAACUGAGUAAGGAUGGAGAGCAUGGGAAACCAAGAGCUCCAUCAGACGCUCAGUCCAACAUCUUUGUUCUGAGGAAGAUGGUGGAGGAAGUCUUCACUGUACUUUACAGUGAAGCGGUGGGAAAGAGCAGCCUGGUCCCUGUGCCUUAUGAGUGGAUCCAGAAGGACCCCAGCUGUGUGGUGGCCCACGGUCUGCCUGAGGGAGUCACCCUGAAGAAGCCCUCCGAGUACGACACCAAGACGUUGAUGAAGAUUCUGGAGCAGAGUCACCGAAUCCAGUUCACAGUAAAACGGCCAGCAGAAGAUUUGUCUCGAGAAGCCAAGUCCAGCACCGAUGUCAAUCACAACACUUCCGCCGCCGUCAUGACGCCGAGCAGCCACGGCCCAGGGAAGACUACUGCCCAGGUAGUCACGUCAUCAAGUCCCGCCACUUCCAGCAACUCUGUUCUGUCAAACUUCCUGUACGGCAUGCCCAUGUCCUCCAAACCCCACCCAGAUGGCAAGCUGGACUUCAAACCCAUGUCCCUCCUCAACCUGGGCAAGGACAGACUGGCCAACUGGACCGCGGGGACAGACAAGAACAUGCCUGUCAAGGACUCUGCAAACAAUGAUGAGACGACGAGACUACCUGGUGAGCAAGGCCAGAGCCCCCCUGGCAUCCACAUCUCCAAGAGGCUACUCUUUUCCAUUGUGCAUGAAAAAUCAGAAAAAUGGGACUCGUUCAUUCGGGAAACUGAAGACAUCAACACGCUGAGAGAAUGUGUUCAGAUUUUGUUCAACAGCAGAUACGCUGAGGCCCUGGGUCUAGAUCACAUGGUGCCUGUCCCCUACCGCAAAAUAGCCUGUGAUCCAGGGGCCGUGGAGAUCAUAGGCAUCCCCGACCAGAUCCCCUUCAAGAGACCCUGCACCUACGGAGUUCCCAAGCUCAAACGCAUCCUGGACGAGCGCCACGGAAUUCGCUUCAUAGUCAAACGAAUGUUUGAUGAAAGGAUUUUCACUGCUGCUGGCAAGAUUGCAAGGGAGGAGGGAAAGCAUGACCUGGGCUCCACGCCUGAUGACAGCUUCCCUGACAGUCUGAGCAUCCCGCCCACCGCGGCCGAGCUGGUCAGCAAUCCUCACAGCAGCAGGUCAACAAGUGCGUGUGUGAGUCCGUUGGCUGACUGUGAAGCAGGUCCUUCAGGAGAUUGCAUUCCUUUGAAAAGGAUUAAAACAGAGCCUCCAGAUGGGGAAAUCAUUCAAGUUACAGUGCCAGAUGCUGGUACAAGCGGGGAGGAGCCCAGCGAGUCUGUGGCCGAGCCUGCCGCAGCUGCAGCGUGUCCAGUCGCAGCCUCGCCAUCUGCUCCCCCUGCCCCCGCUGCUCCCACGGCUCCCCAUCACCCGAUGGAAAAUCACACAGCUGAAGCUCUGUCACCCAGCGCGGCCUCCCAGAGCAUCAGAAGAUCCUCUGAAGCGGGGAGUCUGGUGGAGGACAUCGGUGAAAUGAUUCUUCAGCUUCGGAGGCAAGUGGAGAGCCUCUUCAGCAUGAAGUACGCUGAAGCUCUGGGCCUACCUGAACCGGCCAAGGUGCCCUACUCCAAGUUCCAGAUGUACCCAGAGGACCUGUACAUCACGGGGCUGCCAGAGGGAAUCUCCCUGCGAAGGCCCAACUGUUUCGGAGCAGCCAAACUGCGCAAGAUCCUGGCUGCUAGCAGUCAGAUCCAGUUUGUUAUCAAAAGGCCUGAGCUGUUAACUGAGCAAGUAAAACAAGAAAUGCCUUCUAUCCCCGUCUGUGAUUCAGAGCUGGACACCAAGGACACAGCAUCAGUGACAGAGGAUGCUGCAGCUAUAUCCAAGAGACCUGGAUUCUCAGAGUGCCUGGAGUCCAAGCUGUCCAGGAUCGACUUGGCCAACACGCUGCGAGAGCAGGUGCAAGAUCUGUUCAACAGGAAGUAUGGGGAGGCAUUGGGCAUCAAGUACCCCGUGCAAGUGCCUUACAAGAGGAUCAAGAACAACCCGGACUCGGUCAUCAUCGAGGGCCUUCCUCCCGGCAUUCCCUUCAGGAAGCCCUGCACCUUCGGCUCCCAGAACCUGGAGAGGAUCCUGGCAGUCGCUGACAAAAUCAGCUUCACCAUCACCAGACCUUUUCAAGGACUCAUUCCAAAACCAGCACCACGACGAGUCACUUUACUAAAGAAGGCCUACGCCUCGAUAAGUGAUGAUGACGAUAUUAACCGCAUGGGAGAGAAAGUGGUCCUUCGAGAGCAAGUCAAGGAGCUGUUCAACAAGAAAUACGGUGAGGCUCUGGGCUUAGACCGCUCCGUCAUGGUCCCAUACAAGCUAAUCCGUGGCAGUCCAGAGUCUGUAGAAGUCAGUGGCCUUCCAGACGAUAUCCCCUUCCGAAACCCAAACACCUACGACAUCGUGUGCCUGGAGAAAAUCCUUCAAGCCGCAGAUAAAAUAACAUUCAACAUCAAGAGCCAGCUACAGCCUUUUGCAGAAAUCUGCAGCCAGGCUUGUAACACAGUAGGAACGGACGCCUCGACCAAUCGACGAAAGCGCAAGAGAGUCCAGGAGAGCAAUCGAGUACCUGCCUCCCCUGAGCUGGGGAUAUCGACCAAUCAGAUUCCAGUGAUGCAGUGGCCCAUGUACAUGGUCGACUACAGUGGAGUGAAUGUGCAGGUUCCUGGAAAAGUCAAUUACUGAAGGACAAACCUUGUCUGCAGCAAAGGGAUAAAAGGAGAAGGAGUUGUUUCUCACAGUGAUUUUCAUGACUCUUCCACUUGCGACACUAACACGUUGUCAGAGUGCUAAAGCUAAACAAUCUCUCCAGAACGAAUAUAGGGAGCUGAAGGUUUGACUCUGUGAAUGACGUCCCGAGUUCUGAGGAACAACAGAAUGUACGUGGAUCAAAAUGUUGCAGGGCAAAAUCUUGGCUUGUUUUCCAUCUCCUGCCUUUGUCGGCAGGACAGCUGUCAGUUUUUGUUUCCUUCUAAAUCUGAUCAUGACAGUAAUAUUGUCUUUUUUUCUUCAAACAAUAUUACUGUACAAAGCUUAAGAUAUUACAUGUUCUCAUGUUAUUUGCCCUUGCAUUUAUGAAGUGUCCACCCACUGAGUCACGUUGUUGGAUCCAGCAUUUGGUUGCAAUGUAUUACUGACAAAAAAAAAUGUCUUUGAUAGCGAUUUGGUUCCAUAAUAUUCAGAUAUUUGUACUUUUUAUUUAUUAUAUUUAUUGAAAUAUAACAUUAUGUGCAGGGAUGUAAAAUACAUUAUUCUGUUAUACAGCUCCUUGAGGAACUAUCACAACACUAACACAGAUGCUACUAGUCACUCUGUAACUACAGGUAACCACUGAAAUCAAGCUACACAGCAGGAAUGAAGUGUCUUAAUUAGGUGUUGGGGCGACGGCAAGCCAUCAGCAAUGAAAGGAGAUAAAAAUGGACUCGAGAGUUUGCCCGGCAGGUGGAACCGCUGCUCACAGCACCAGGAAGCCACCUGCAGUAAAAACACGACAGACCUUCAGUAAACAGCCUUUUUAUGUUAGCACCACAUUAACAAUAUGUAAAAUAUCUCAUUUAAAGUCAGCCUGAAUGUAUCAUGUAAAGGAAAGAAUGGUAUGUUAUUCUGCGAUGACUGUCUCUGGACUAACGAUAUUUAAUAUGCUGUACCUUAACGCCAAUUAGGCCUUUGAAAUAAAAUGUGUUGC